AUGAAGGGCGAUCUCGCCGGCGGAGUCAACACUCCUGUGGGAGCUGGCAGCGGAUGCCCCCCGGGGAUCCCAACUCCCCGCGGCGACGUGGCCAUCCCAAUUGAUACCAGCGUAGUCCUCUCGCCCGCCACCGCCGCCGAGGAAGUCGCCUACAUGCGAAUCAUCACAUCGGCCGGCGCAGCCGGCACAGUACUGACCGGCGGCGCCGUGGUCCUCCUCGUGAACUCCCCCACCGAGGACCUGGACGUACCCUUCAUCUGCAUCACGCUCUGCCUCGUCUUCGAGUAUAUCACCUUCCUCCUGGGAGUUGGCCUCCUGUGCCUCCACAUCUCCGAUAUCCCCAUGAACCCCCCAGUAGAGAUCAAGGCGAGGAAGGUGAUGUAUAUCGGGCUAUGGUUUCUGGUGGGAUCCGUAGUUUCUCUGGGCUCCACAUCCCUCCCACUUCCCCAUCUCGGCAUCGUCUGGCUCGCCGUCCUCUCGGCGCUCGGGCUGAUCGCCAUCUUACUCUCCCCUGGUAGGAAGAAGGCUGAUUCCAAGGUCCCCGACGCAGGUCUUCCAUUGUAG